AUGCAUCUUCUCAAAUCUAAGAUACUGAAACAGAUAAACCUUCUGCCGCUUGAUCAUCUUACUAAACAGAAACUCGUGGAUCAAUCCAACAAUUAUAUCAAGAAAAAUCAUCAACAUGAAUUGAAAAUUAUUGAUAAUCUAACUUCAGAUGUUCUUAAAGAUAAAUACUCUUCAAUAACUCCAUUAUUACACAAGGCACAUGAUAAUGUUUUUUACAAAGGACAUGAAUAUAUCAGACAUUUCUUAAGGUUUGAAAUUCCAACUUGGAUUGAACAUGAUUAUAAAGAACGAAUGUUGAAAGGUAAAUCACUUGAUGGGAUCUACAAAAAUGAUAAAUUGGUAUCUAAAUUAACUUUUCCAAGACCGUCAAGAGCACUCCCUAGUGUUAGCUCAAUUAUAUCACAAUAUGAUAUGAAAUUUGGUCAACAGCGGACAAAAGAAAAUAAUGUUAAUGUUGAUGUUGAACCAUGUGAAAGUUUGAGUUCACCACCAAAGAAACAUGUUGAAAAAUAUGAAUUUUAUGACCAAUUGGUUCGCCAUGUCUUCAGACUAAUCAAUUUUCUUUCAGGUAAUACUGUUAUACAUAACAAGAAUGUCAAAUUACCAAUGGUUUAUAUCCCACCAAAUUUUUUAGGUGGUGAAAUUCCUUUGGUGAGAAAGAAAAAUUUAAUUAAAAGACAUAUAACUUAUUUAAGAAAUAUUAUUCAACAAAUUCCACCUUUACAAAAGCAAGAUCUUGAAUUUUUGUUGAAUUAUACUGAUAAUACUGAGAAUUUCAAAUUUGAUGAUGAUAAAUCGAAAGAUUGA